AUAAUAAGUUGGCAAAGGCUAAGGCCGGUUGGGUUGGGACUUGGCUUGGGACUCAAAUAGCAAUAAGUUGAAAAUUAUACACAAGCCGAAACGGCGACGCCGAAUCUAAAUAAUUAUUUUAAUUAGAUACUGAACAAAAGAGCCAGCGAGGUUUGGAAAACGCAAAGCGUGAAGGAGACCGUAUCAAGUUGGAAGAUGAAACCACGCCUCUGUCACUACGUUACGGUGGUUGACAAUGAACAGAACGAGAGGAACGAGAAGAAGAAGAAAGAGGAAGCUAAAGGGAAUCAUCGAUUCUUCUUGGUUCCUUUCGUCUCAAAAGCUAAAAGGCGAGUCGUAUCUAAGAUCACAAGGAGACCCUCAUCGCCUUCUUCUUCUGGGUUUUUGAAAAAUGUUUGCUUUUGUGGAAACGAAACUUCCAAUACCCAUACAUUGGAGUGGUCAUCUUCUUCCAAUCCCGACCGCCCUAAAGGUGAGAACUUUACGCUUAAGGUUCUCUUACAGACCAAUGAUUUCUUCUCCAAGGACUGUAAUCCACAUCUCUCUUUGACAUUGAGCAUUAAUUGAAAUCUCUCAGGCGUAUCACACUCAACGAGCAUUGAUUGCUAAAAUCUCUGAUAUCUGUUUCCAUGAGGAGCCAAGUUUAUUUUGUCAAGUGUUUGUUACCUUUGACACAUCACCUCUGCUUUGGAUCAUUAGCUUGUCUGUGUUGUUUAUACCCUUUUAUGCAGUAGUUGUGGUUUUGCAAUUGAUUCAAGUAUCUCUCUGAAGCCGCAGAACCCUUGUAGUAGUUAUGCUUUAUUAAGUCCUGAUUUUGCAAAUGAUAACUCCCCAAUAAAGCAUUUGUGUAUUGAAAUUUGGUUUUAACCACAGAGUGAUAUUUAUCUGCUAUGGUUGAGAUGUUUCAGAGUUGUAGGCUUGUAGCAUACCUCUCUAUCCUUUCUUUCUGUUUGUAAACUC